CCACAGAUUUACGAAUUUCUUCAUAACGUCUGUCUCACGGGGUUGUUUUGAGAAUGUGUAAAGUGCUUAGAAGACAGUACUCAUUCAACAUGAACAGAGAGGACAGAUGGCAGAGCCAUGUAGGAGGCAGAGAGAAUCUGAAGGGUGAUACCGUUAAUAUUGGAGACGUCUCCUACAAGUUGAAAACUCCUAAGAGCCCGGAACUUGUGCCACAGAACUACAUUUCAGACUCUCUGGCUCAAUCUGUAAUUCAGCAUCUGAGAUGGAUAAUGCAGAAGGAUCUUUUGGGGCAAGAUGUCUUUCUAAUAGGACCUCCUGGGCCUCUUCGACGCUCUAUUGCUAUGCAGUACCUGGAGCUGACCAAACGGGAGGUAGAGUACAUCUCCUUGUCAAGGGACACCACGGAGAGCGACCUCAAGCAGCGCCGAGAGAUCCGUGCGGGCUCGGCUUUCUACAUUGACCAGUGUGCGGUGCGUGCAGCCACGGAAGGCAGAACUCUCAUUUUGGAAGGCUUGGAAAAGGCGGAGAGGAAUGUUCUGCCUGUUUUGAACAACUUGCUGGAAAAUAGGGAGAUGCAGCUUGAAGAUGGACGCUUCCUAAUGUCUGCCCAGCGUUACGACAAACUUCUCCAAGAUCACACCAAAACAGAGAUGGAUGCUUGGAACAUCGUUCGAGUGAGUGAAAAUUUCCGAGUGAUUGCCUUGGGCUUGCCAGUGCCCAGGUACUCUGGGAACCCAUUAGAUCCCCCUCUCCGUUCUCGAUUUCAGGCCAGAGAUAUUUAUUAUCUACCCUUCAAGGACCAACUCGAACUGUUGUAUUCAGUUGGAGCCAAUGUUUCCACUGAGAAAGUUUCUCAGCUCUUGUCCUUUGCCACCACUCUCUGUUCCCAAGAAUCUUCCAUGCUUGGACUUCCAAAUUUUCCUUUAGAUAGUUUAUCAGCCGCAGUUCAAAUCCUGGAUUCCUUCCCUAUGAUGUCGAUCAAACAUGCCAUCCACUGGCUGUACCCGUACACUAUUUUACUAGGCCACGAGGGGAAGAUGGCUGUGGAAGGUAUUUUAAAACGCUUUGAACUCCAAGAUUCAGGAAGCUCUGUGCUUCCUGAAGAGAUUGUGAGAGUCGAGAGGAUGACCGAAAACCAUGUGGCCCAAGCUUCCGUGACUGUCCGGAUUGCAGACAGAGAGGUGACCAUCAAGGUGCCAGCUGGGAACAGGACACUCAGUCAACCUUGCACAUCGGAACGUUUUGUACAAACUUUAAGCCAUAAGCAACUACUGGCUGAAAUGAUGCAGUCUCACAUGGUUAAGGACAUAUGUUUAAUCGGAGGAAAAGGUUGUGGAAAAACAGUCAUCGCUAAGACUUUUGCUGACACCUUAGGAUACAACAUAGAACCUAUCAUGCUCUAUCAGGACAUGACGGCACGUGACCUGCUGCAGCAGAGGUACACCCUCCCAAACGGGGACACGGCCUGGCGGUCCUCGCCCCUCGUGACCGCCGCGCUGGAAGGCAAGCUGGUCCUCCUCGAUGGCAUCCACCGGGUCAACGCGGGCACCCUGGCCGUGCUGCAGAGGUUGAUCCAUGACCGGGAGCUAAGCCUCUAUGACGGCUCUCGGCUGCUGAGAAAAGACAGGUACAUGCGUUUAAAAGAGGAGCUGCAGAUGUCGGACGAGCAGCUGCAGAAGAGAUCUAUCUUCCCCAUCCACCCUGCCUUCAGAAUCAUCGCCUUGGCAGAGCCCCCCGUAAUUGGAAGCGCAACCCAGCAGUGGCUGGGGCCGGAAUUCUUGACCAUGUUCUUUUUCCAUUACAUGAAACCACUUGUCAAAAGUGAAGAAAUCCAAGUGAUCAAGGAAAUGGUCCCAAGUAUACCUCAGGAAGCCUUGGACAAACUGUUAUCGUUCACACACAGACUCAGAGAGACACAGGACCCAACGGCGCAGUCGUUGGCAGCGUCCCUUUCCACCAGACAGCUGUUGCGGAUUUCUCGUCGGCUGUCGCAGUACCCCGAUGAAAAUCUUCACGAUGCCGUCACUAAAGCCUGCCUGUCCAGGUUUUUACCAAGCCUCGCAAGAUCAGCAUUAGAAAAAAAUCUGGCAGAUGCUUCAAUAGAAAUAAGUGCUGAUAAUAAUCUAGAACUAGAAUCGGAGGAUUACAAAUGUGAAGUAGCAUCUGGAUUCCUGAGGAUUGGAGCUGUUAGUGCACCAAUCUAUAACGCCCACGAGAAAACGAAAGUGCCUGAUGUUCUAUUCUAUGACAACAUUCAGCACAUGGUGACGAUGGAAGACAUGCUCAAAGACUUCCUCCUGGGAGAGCAUCUGCUACUGGUUGGCAACCAGGGUGUAGGAAAAAACAAGAUCGUUGACAGAUUCCUUCACCUGCUCAAUAGACCACGAGAAUAUAUCCAGCUGCACAGGGACACCACAGUGCAAACCCUUACUCUGCAGCCUUCUGUGAAGGAUGGACUUAUUGUUUACGAAGACUCGCCUUUGGUAAAAGCAGUAAAGUUGGGUCAUGUUCUGGUGAUAGAUGAGGCAGACAAGGCCCCAACAAAUGUCACCUGUAUUUUAAAAACUCUGGUAGAAAAUGGAGAAAUGAUUCUAGCAGAUGGAAGACGCAUUCUUGCAAAUUCUGCUCAUGUCGAUGGAAGAGAAAAUGUUAUAGUGAUUCAUCCCGAUUUUAGGAUGAUCGUUCUCGCCAACAGGCCUGGAUUCCCUUUCCUAGGCAAUGAUUUCUUCGGUACUUUAGGUGAUAUUUUUAGCUGCCACGCAGUCGAUAAUCCCAAACCCCACUCAGAGCUCAAAAUGCUGAGGCAAUAUGGACCAAACGUGCCUGAGCCCAUCCUUCAGAAGCUCGUGGCUGCCUUUGGAGAGCUCAGGAGUUUAGCUGACCAGGGGAUUAUCAACUACCCUUAUUCUACCAGAGAAGUUGUCAACAUAGUGAAGCACCUACAGAAAUUUCCCUCGGAGGGUCUCUCCCGUGUGGUCAGGAAUGUGUUUGACUUCGAUUCCUACAACGACGACCUGAGGGAGAUUUUGACUAACACUUUACACAAAUACGGGAUCCCUAUCGGAGCAAAGCCGACGAACGUGCAGCUGGCGAAGGAGUUGCCCCUGCCAGAGCAGACUUUCAUGGGCCACUGGACAGUCGGUCAGUCAAGAAAUGGAACGCAAAAGCUGCUGUGUCCAGCAGAAACUCAUCAUAUAGACAUAAAGGGUCCGGCACUUAUGAACAUACAGGAGUAUCCAAUAGAAAGACAUGAAGGGAGAUCUCAAACCUUUACUGAAGAAUGUGCCUCCUGGAGAUUGCCAUUGGAUGAAAUCAACAUAAUCUGUGACAUCGCUACAUCACAUGAAAAUGAAGAAAAUACCCUCUACGUAGCUACGUGCAAUCCUGUUUCCUUACACUUUAUGGACACGGCUGGGAAAAGUGGCUACGUCGUGGACCUUUCUGACAUCUUACCAAGAACGGCCAGAGGAGUUUGGCACCCAUUUUUGACAGUGGCACCCCUGGGAAGUCCCCUCAAGGGCCAAGUGAUUCUCCAUGAACAGCAGAGUAAUACCAUCCUACUGUUGGAUACCACUGGCCGAGCCCUCCGUCUUCUUGUCCCUCUGUCAGAAGAGAUGACGUCUAAGAAAUCUUCGUGGUGGCACAAGGAAGACGCUGAAACUUAUAAAAUGUGUAAAGAAUUUUCGCACAAAAACUGGCUAGUGUUCUACAAAGAAAACGGGAACAGCCUGACUGUGCUGGACGUUCUAGAAGGGCGAACUCAUACCAUCUCGCUUCCCAUCAACCUCAAGACUGUGUUCCUUGUAGCAGAGGACAGAUGGCUUCUGGUGGAGAGCCAGACAAACCGGAAAUACCUCUUAACGACGCCCGCACACAUGGAAGCUGAGGACAGCGGCGUCUGCCAGCUGUAUGUGCUGCAGGAAGAGCCGCCUGCCGCAGGCUUCGGAGUCACACACGAAACAGAUUUCAGCAUACCUCAUAAAAUUUCAAGUGAUCAACUAUCAUCCGAAAAUCUAAGUUCAGCUGUGGGACAAAAGAUUGCCUCUCCUAACCGGAUUCUCUCAGAUGAAAAUAGUUAUGCUACAGUCGUCAUUGGUUUCCCGGAUCUCAUGUCACCCAAUGAGGUUUAUUCUUGGAAAAGGCCGUCAUCUUUGCAUAAAUCAAGGUUCACUGACACAGCAUUCUAUGGAAGAAAGAAAAACGGAACUCCGAAACAGAGCAAUUGUGUGACCCUUUUAGAUACUAACCAGAUAGUCAGGAUUUUGCCCCAAGGAGAAGUUCCUCUAAAGGAUAUCUACCCCAAAGGUGUGACCCCUCCACAAACAGCUGGUUAUAUAGAAGUCACUGAUCUUCAAUCAAAGAAACUCCGAUAUAUCCCUAUUCCCAGAUCGGAGUCUCUUUCCCCGUACACCACCUGGCUGGCUGCUAUUUCGGACACGGACGCACUGCUGGCUGAGUGGGGCAAGGGCGGCGUGGUCACCGUCGACACGGGAGGUCGCAUCCGGCUUUGGGAAACGGGGCUCGCACAUCUGCAGCGCUCGCUCACGGAAUGGAGAAACAUGAUCGGACAAGGUGACGGCCACAUGCAGAUAACCAUCAACAGAGACAGUGGUAAAGACGUGAGUUCCCCCAAACACGGGAAGGAGGACCCAGACAACAUGCCCCACGUGGGCGGCAACACUUGGGCUGGCGGCACAGGAGGAAGAGACACCGCCGGCUUGGGUGGCAAAGGGGGUCCUUACCGGCUGGACGCAGGCCACAGAGUGUACCAGGUCUCCCAGGAGGAGAAGGACGCGGUUCCCGAGGAGGUGAAGAGAGCCGCGAGGGAGAUGGGCCAGAGGGCGUUUCAGCAGAGGCUAAAGGAGAUCCAAAUGAGUGAAUACGAUGCCCGUACCUAUGAAAGGUUCUCAGGUGCUGUUCGAAGACAGGUGCAUGCCCUCCGAAUCAUCCUGGAUAAUUUACAGGCUAAAGGUAAAGAAAGACAGUGGCUGAGACACCAAAGUACUGGGGAGCUGGAUGACGCGAAGAUCAUCGAUGGGCUGACUGGAGAGAAAGCCAUCUACAAACGCCGGGGUGAGCUGGAGCCACAACUGGGCAGCGUCCAGCAGAAACCCAAGCGUCUGCGCCUGGUGGUGGACGUGUCUGGCAGCAUGUACCGCUUCAAUGGCGUGGACGGCCGGCUGGAGCGCUCAAUGGAGGCCGUGUGCAUGGUCAUGGAAGCCUUCGAGAACUAUGAAGAGAAGUUCAAGUAUGACAUCGUUGGACACUCUGGAGAUGACUACAAUAUUGAUCUAGUUCCAAUUAACAGAAUUCCCAAGGACAAUAAGCAGAGACUAGAAGUUCUGAAGACAAUGCACGCCCACGCUCAGUUCUGCAUGAGUGGGGACCACACGUUAGAUGGAACACAGCACGCCAUCCAGGACAUAGUCAAAGAAGAAGCCGAUGAGUACUUCGUCAUCGUCCUGAGCGACGCGAACCUGUCGCGAUAUGGAAUACAUCCUGCCGAGUUUGCCCAAAUCCUGACACACAACCCUCAAGUGAACGCCUUCGCCAUCUUCAUUGGGUCUUUGGGGGAUCAAGCGACCAGCCUUCAGAGAACUUUACCAGCCGGCCGGUCUUUUGUUGCCAUGGAUACCAAGGACAUCCCUCAGAUUUUACAACAGAUCUUCACCUCCACCAUGUUGUCCGGUGUUUAAGAAGUGCCCUUCGUCACCCUGAUGACCCUGACUUUGCAAGAAGAUAGGAAUGAAGAAAAUCAGACAUCUAUAAAUCGAACCUGUGCAGUGACUGCAUAAUUCUGCCGCUCCUGGCUCUUCUACGUUUGCUCAGUAAUCAGAAUUCAGAAAAGCAGCCAGGGCAAGGCUUGUGCACAGACAUCUGCAACCAUUGAUAGGUUUACAAAAAAUUACAGGAAGCAAGUUGACCUGCGUUUCAUAAAAGGGUCAGGAUUAAAGUAAGGCAGCCUGAGAACUGGGCGCUUAGUCUGUUUCCAAAAUCCUCGGGGAGAGAGAGUAACUUGCUUUGGCCUUAGCACAUCAUCUGGUCACCUAAGAUAGCAGAAGUGACCCCAUCGAGCUAAGCCUUCGUCGCCACGUUCUAACGCUGAGAUACAAGUCUGUGCGCAAACCCCCUCGCCCUGUUCCUGUCCAAUAAUUGGUUGGUUUUUUUUUCUCCCCCGGUCUGUGUUACCCGACCAUGAUUUUAUAGUUUUGAACCCACUGAAAAGUCCUUCUAACAGCAGUAUUUUAUUAAAGGUUGGAUUUUUCUCAGUAA